CGGUGUGGACGAAUGUUUGCCUGCGCCAGGUUUGCGGAUUGCGUGCAUAGCGUUCGUGUGCGACAGAGGUCCAAACGAGCAACGGCGAUUUGUCAUCGACGAUCAAGCGCUAUUCGAUUCGCGGUCGCUGUGCGAUGCUGCAAUCGCGUGACUAGACGACCUUGUGCUUACUUAUUUCCAGCGUUCACUGUCCCCGCGCUUCAGUGGAGUUGUGCAUCGGCGCAAGUAAUCGCGCUUGGGUAGAAAAUUAGGCAUGCUACGCGCAAUACACCUCUGCAUGCGUUUAGGUACGAGCAGCUGAUGCGCACGACACAGUUAGUUAUCGAUACAGCAAAAAAAAAAACAAAAAACUGAAAGUGACACACAAAGUGGCUCAUAAUCGGGCCGACAAUUUUGAGUGAGUUAUCUAAAGAGUCAAGUGUUGGCUACAACACAAAACGCAAAUCUUGACCACAGAUGACGGUGAAACCAACGACGGUUGUACUCGGUGGUUCCGGGAUGACCGCUCGUCCAGCGGCACAUUUCGCGAACAAUGCAUCCGAUAUCGAGCAACGGCGCCGCUCGAUCGUUAUACUUACGCUACUGGCCACCAGUGCGUUUCUGUUUAUGCUGUCACUGUGCCUACUGACAGCACUGGUGCUGGUCGGACGCAAUCUGUCAUCGCAUGCUGGCAGCCAUGCCAAGCUGACAGCAGCCGUGUCGGAUGACAAGCAUUUAUUUAACAACAACAACAGCAUCGCACCGUACGACGGAGAGGAGCAAACGGCCAGCGAUAACGGUACCGGGUUGUCGCAGUACAAUCGUAGCACCAUCUUCCUGCCCAACUCGGUGUUUUAUUCCGUGAUACCCACCACAGCGGCAACGGUAGAAUCCGGCUCGACCACCGGUUCAAUGAAUCGUGUGUUCAAGAUGGGCACGCAGGUGGUGGAAACGUUGGGCUUCCGGUUGCCCCGGCACAUUCGCCCGGUACACUAUGAGCUGUGGUUGCAGCCCGACCUGCAGCGCGAAACCUUCACCGGUCGCGUCGGCAUCGAGCUGAACGUGUCCGAAUCGACGAACUAUCUUGUGCUGCACAGCAAAAAGUUAAACAUCAGCGAAACGGUGCUGCGUGCGCUGGCCGCCGAUGAGAAACCGGAGCGGGAAAUUAACAUUUCCCGUGCGUACGAAAUGCCGGAACACGAGUACUGGGUGAUCGAAACGCAAGCCGAAAUUGGGGCCGGCGCGUACCGGUUGAAUGUGCAGUUUGACGGAAACCUGGCGGAUCGUAUCAUCGGGUUCUACAGCAGCAAGUACCUCGACAAGACAACGAACCGAACGAGAAAAAUUGCAACAUCCAAGUUUGAGCCGACGUUUGCCCGGCAAGCCUUCCCGUGCUUCGAUGAGCCGCACCUGAAGGCCGAAUAUACGAUCCACAUGAUUCACCCGUCUGGCGAUGGAUACGAGGCACUGUCGAACAUGAACGUGUCGGCGAUCGUGCCGGACGAACCUGCCGCCGGGUUGACUACGACCACGUUCGAGCGCAGCGUGAAGAUGAGCACCUACCUGGUGGUGUUUAUCGUGAGCGAUUUCCUGCACAAGGAGGUACUGAUAACGCCCGUGCAUGGCAAUGCGUUUCCGUUGCGCGUGUACGCCACCCCGUUCCAGCAGGACAACACAGCGUUCGCACUCGCUACCGCCCGCACCAUUAUUGAGUAUUACGUACGAUACUUUGGAAUCGCGUACCCACUGCCCAAGCUCGAUAUGGCCGCCAUUCCGGACUUUGUGUCGGGUGCGAUGGAAACGUGGGGUUUGGUGACGUACCGCGAAACAUCCAUCCUGUACAACGCCGCCACGAGCAGCACGGCCAACAAGCAGCGGGUGGCGGGCGUGAUCGCACACGAGCUUGCCCACAUGUGGUUCGGCAACCUGGUCACGAUGCAGUGGUGGAACGAGCUGUGGCUGAACGAGGGAUUCGCGAGCUACAUCGAGUACAAGGGCAUGCACGAAGCGUACCCGGACUGGGGCAUCGAGGAGCAGUUCAUCAUCGACGAUCUGCAUGGCGUGCUGAACCUCGACGCGACGCUCGGCUCCCAUCCGAUCGUCAUGUCGGUCGAAAACCCGAACCAGAUAACGGAAAUUUUCGACACCAUCACGUACUCGAAGGGCGCCUCGGUGAUACGCAUGCUGGAGGACUUUGUGACGCCGGCCGUCUUUCAGCAGGGCGUCACGCGCUACCUUACCAAGCUGGCCUUCUCCAACAGCGUGUCGGAGGAUCUGAUGCGCGAGCUGGACGAGCUCGUCACGGAGGUCAGCGUGUCGUCCGUGAUGGACACGUUCACGAAGCAGAAGGGCCUACCGGUGGUGACCGUCACCGAGAACGCGCUGCAGUACGUGCUGCGGCAGCAGCGUUUCUUGGCCGAUCAGGCCGCAAACGAGACGGAAGCGUCACCGUUCGGCUACCGUUGGUACAUUCCGGUCACAUACGUUGCCAACACUGACACGGCGGGCGAUGCACCACGCCGCAUUUGGUUCCCGAACGAUCGGAACGAGGUGGUGAUCGACAAGCCGCCGGGUAGCAACUGGAUCAAGCUCAACUACCGUCAGAUCGGGUACUAUCGGGUCAACUAUCCGGUGGCGAUGUGGGAACAGUUUGGCGAAGCACUGCUGCAAAACGUGAACACGUUCACGAUUGGCGAUCGAACCGGGCUGCUGAACGAUGCGUUUGCCCUGGCGGACGCGUCCCUGCUGGCGUACAACCAUGCCCUCGAUCUGACGCGCUAUCUGAGUAAAGAGACUGAGUAUGUUCCCUGGGCCGCGAUUGCGAGCAAGCUAAAGACGAUCCGCAAUCUGCUGUACAACUACCAGUCGUACGAUCACAUUACGUCCUACACACAAACGCUGGUGAGUGAGGUGGUCCAGUCAGUUGGUUGGGAUGUGCCUGUCAACGGUGACCAUAUGAAAAACCUGCUUCGUACUGCGGUCCUAGAUCUGGCCUGUUCCUUCGGCCAUCCGGGAUGCUUGUCUGAGGCGAGUAGACGCUUCCUUGGCUGGCUGAACAAUGGUGACGUGAUACAUCCCGACCUGCGCUCCGUUGUCUACACGUACGGCAUACAGUCGGGCGUGUCCGUGGCUGACUGGGACAAGGUGCUGCAACGCUACCGCGAUGAGAACGAUGCGAACGAAAAGACGAAACUGAUGGUGGCCCUAGCUUCGUAUCCCGAUCAGCGCACGAUGCGUCGCUUCCUGGAUCUGUCCUGGGACACGGCCCUGAUCCGUACGCAGGAUCAGCUAAGCUGUAUCCAGUACAUUGCCUCGAACCGGCACGGCGAACAGGCGGCAUGGGAGCAUGUGCGCGAAAACUGGCCCCGUCUGGUCGCUCGCUUCGGUAUCGGCGAGCGCAAUCUCGGCCGUAUGAUUCCAUCGAUCACCGGGCGCUUUACGACACGGGCCCGGCUGACCGAGCUGGAAGAUUUCUUCGCCCGCUAUCCGGAAGCGGGAGCCGGUGCGACCGCCCGGCGCCAAGCGCUCGAAACCAUCCAGAACAACAUCAGCUGGCUGGAGCGCAAUGAAGCGAAUGUGGCCGAAUGGCUGAAGGACCCGAGAGUCUAGUCCUUCGCGCGAAAGAACCGUCCGCUGCCAAUUCGAUUUGUGAACGAGUCGUGCGUAGAAAGUGAGACCUAACGUAUCUUCCUCGAUUUGUGCUCUAAGAGAUUAAAUCGCAGGUACACUGUAUCAAAUUCAUUUCCGAA